AUGGACUACAGCGCCUCGAUGGGCGAGGGCGAGGAUCCCGCCGGCGCAUCACCCUGGGGCAACUCGCCAGGCACCUCCCCUCAGCACGACCGUGCCGUGUUUGGGGCGUUGGCCGCCGACGAGCACGCCUUUCCGUACGCGCCGAUCGUCUCUCCGCAAACCGCCGACGUUGCCGGCGGCUUCCCGGAGCUGGGGAGAGCGAACACCGAGUCUUCCACCGAGACUGAAUCGGUAGCCUCUCCGACGGUGAGCCCGAUUGCUGCACAGUCGGCCCGCGGCCUGCCCUCCGUCUCCGAGGUCUCCGAGCCUGCGCCGCCGGCUGAGCAACCGCGACCGGUGCAGAAGCCGGCUCAGGCCCAGGGGAAGCUGCAGGUGAAAAUCACGGGGCUCGAGAGGACCGGAAAGAGGGACCCCGUCCUGCGAUUCGACGUUCAUACAAACUUGCCACGCUUCCGAACGACGCAGUACCGAGAUGUCCGACGUCUGCACUCCGAGUUUGUAAAACUGGCCGACCACCUGAUCUCUGCAAACCCCGAGGCUCUUGUUCCCGCGGUCCCGCCACCCGUCACGGCUGCCGGUGCCGGAACGGACGAAGACGAAACGCGUGUCAAGUCGACGAUGCAGAAGUGGUUCAGCCAUGUAUGCAGCAGCGAAGUGCUGAUGAAAGACGACGAAAUGGUGCUCUUCGUCGAGAGCGACUUUGGCUACAGCCCGCUGCUGAAGAUGAAGCAGCCGGCGACGGGGGUGCGCAGAAAGAUACUGAAGCAGUUUGCCCCUCCCCCCGACGACACUCCCGAGCUUUCCAGCGCCCGGCCCAUGGUGAAGCUGUUUUAUCUCGGCACCAUGGACGCCAGCCACAAGGUCGACAAGAUGGUCAAAUCCCGGAGAGGCUUGGGCCUUGCCGAAUCCGACUACGGAGUCAAGCUGGGUAGCAUGCACGUCCAGGAGCCCCACCCGGGGUUGGCAAACGCGUACAGGAAGCUUGGGAGGAUCAUCCAGACCAUGGGCGACUAUCACGCGGCCCAGGCGACGGCCGAGGCGGCCAGCCUCGGCGACACGUUCCAAUAUCACUCGCAGGACGCCUUCAUCGUCAAGGAGUCCUUGACGAACCGGCAGAUUCUCAUCCGGGAAUUCCUGCAGGCGCAAGAGGCGACGCGAGGAAGGCUCAACGCCGCGGACCGCCUCAAGGCGAGCACCAGCGUUCGACGCGAAAAGGUGGACGAAGCGAUCGCCUCCCUCGACGAUGCUCGACAGUACGAGCAAAACCUCUACGCCAAGACCAAUCGAGUGACGAAAAACCUGGUGCUCGAGAGCCGGAAAUGGUUCACGCGGAGCGCCGAAGGCCUACGUCUGAGCAUCCGCGAGUACGUGAUGCGCGAGAUCGAGGCCGAGCGGCGUGCGCUGGCCCUUCUCGAAACGGUGCGACCGGACAUCCGAGCCAUCGACGCCUCGGGCGGUCUCAGCCGGCUCGGUCGCGAGGCCCACCCGCCCGUUCGACGCACCAACCUCACCGCCAGCCAAGGCCCCAAGGGAGACGCCUGGAGCGGCGUCCCGCGCCGAUCGGACGCCACGGGCCGCCUCUCGAGCAGCGUCAUGGGCCAGAAGCCAGACGAGGGGGACGGCUCGGAUCAAGAAGCAGGCAAGGGGAAAGCCGGCCAGGGUGGGACGCCGGAUCUGCCUGGCGCCAACGAGGACGACGGCGACCGCAUCGAUGCGAGAAACGCCGCAAGCAGGUUGGCAGCGAGCACCUUCUGA